UUCAAAAAAAAAAAAAAAAAGCGUCUUCUCAGAAUCACAGACAAUUGAAUAUGAGGGGAGAAUACGAAAACCCUAAUUCGAUCUACAUAACACCAGAAUUACUGGAAGAAAUUUUGCUUCGUCUGCCCUUGAAAUCAAUACUCAGAUUCAAAACCGUGUCAAAAGAAUGGAGAUCAAUUCUGGAAUCGGAGAUGUUCGUGCGAAGAAGGCGUAUGAAUGUUCAAAAAGAGCCGAAAAUCCUCGCUGCUCACAAGUGUCGCUGCGGAGACCAGCCGCGUCUCCUCCCGGAAUCUCGGUUUGAAGGGGACGAGGAGAUCGUCUAUCUUCACUGCGACGACGCACGACCCUCCAUGUCUUGCGAAGGUUUGGUCUGCAUCCCCGAACCAGAAAGCAUCAUCGUUUUGAACCCUUCCACCGGUCAACUCCGGCGAUUUCCUCCCGGCCCAGAUCCAUUGUCCUCCCCGUUUAGAAACGGGUCGGACGAUUUCUUUCAGGGAAAUUGGGUCAUGGGUUUCGGUAAAGACAUUGUUACAGGAAGCUAUAAAGUGGUGAAGAUGUGUGUCGAACCUGUUGAGGAAGAAUGCCAUCUUCUUAGUGUUGAAAGUGGUGAGUGGACGAAACUGAAGCUACCUCCUUAUGUGCACAAUCUUGGAAGAAAAUCUGUGUGUGUUAAUGGAUCUAUCUAUUGGAUAUUCUCGGGGCGGCGUUUACACAUUGGGCUUGGUUACAAAAUACUAGCCUUGGAUGUUCACAAACUAGAGUUCCAUAAUGUCUCGGUUCCGUCGGCUACGUGGGUCACCCGGUGCUCCAAGAUAGUGAACCUUGGGGAACGUCUAGGCAUUGCCAAAUCCACAAUUCUGCCUGAAUGGAUACUAGAGAUUUGGACCAUGAAUGCGAGUGAAGAAAUAUGGAGCAAAACUUUCUCCAUAAAUUUAGGUGGUCUCGAUUCUAAUCUACCAUUGACAAAGUAUGGUAUGGACUUCACGCCGGUGACAGUUUCUAAGCAAAGAAAUGUUGUGUUUUGUAAUAAUUUCAGACAUUUGUUCAAAUAUUAUUCGGAGACGAAAGAGAUUCGCUGCCUCUCCUUGGAUGCUUUAGUUAUAUCUCCCUACGUCGAGAACUUGGUUCCACUUUCGGGACAUCAAGAAUAUCAGACCAGGACCUGUAGAGGAGGCAGAUUGUUUUCUAAGCACCAGGAGCAAUGCUUCAAGAUAUCCCGGCUUUUGAAAUGGGUUAGCUUUGGGAUCCUGUUAUCUACUUCUCUAGUCAUUUUAUUUUUAUAUUUUGAUCGGUAUUUAGGGAUUAAACAGGCAACAUUGACACACGAGUGGUGGAAAGAUGAACUUGCUCUUAUGUUGUCUUGUUUGUUUCUAUCUUUAUUUGAAUAAUAAGCGAAUUGGUUGGUCUUC